CUUAAAUCAAAUGGUAUGGUAGGUUAUUUUCCUAGAAAGGAUUCCAUUAAUCGGAUCACUAAUCCACAAUAAGCUCUGUAAUUAAUAAGUUAAUAUGUAGCACCGAUAUGAGUUUUGAAAAUCUGCACCGAACUGCAGCAUAGUUUUUAUUCGUGUCUUGACCAUGGCGACUCAACCGAGCGAUGCAGAACUCAUAGUCAGCUUGCGAGCCAGGGUCAAGGAGUUGGAAACUGAGAAUGCAAAGCUGUUAGCUCAACUUGCUGAUUGCCACAGUCAUGAGAUGGAGGAAAAAUUACAUGGCCCUGAUGGGAAAGACAGGGAAUCAAAAGAAGGCAACAAGAAACUUGAAAAGAAGAUGGAGAAAAAAGAGUCAGGUUAUGACACAAGGUUUAUGAGCCAUCACAGCAAGAGAUAUGUAGCUUUAAAAGUCAUGUACUUUGGAAAAAGGUUUUAUGGUUUUGCGUCAGAGGCACAAAUGCAACCUACUGUUGAGUCUGAACUUUUUAAAGCUUUUGAGAAAACAAGGCUAUUGAUUGGCGAUAGGAAGGAGUCACAGUAUUCAAGAUGUGGUAGAACAGAUAAAGGGGUUUCCUCUGUUGGACAAGUGAUAGCUCUUUUCCUAAGAUCAAACCUCAAGUUAUCUGCAAUAAAUAAUGGAAAUUCUGGAGUUGUUUUGGAUGAGAAACAUGAAGGGGAAAUAGAUUAUGUUAGGGUGAUAAAUCGAGUCCUUCCAAAUGACAUUCGAAUUUUGGGCUGGUGUCCUGCUCCUGUUGAUUUUCAUGCAAGGUUCAGUUGCUUAAGCAGGGAGUAUAAAUAUUUCUUCUGGAAAGAAAAAUUGAACAUCCUGGCCAUGGAGAGCGCUGGAAACAAACUUGUUGGAGAGCAUGACUUUAGAAACUUCUGUAAAAUGGAUGCAGCAAAUGUGCACAACUACAGGCGGCACAUCACAUUGUUUGAGAUUUCUCCUACGGAUGUGAGGUUAAGAUUGUACAAUGGUAAUCAACUUUGGGUGAUUAAAAUAAAAGGUAGUGCUUUUCUAUGGCAUCAAGUUCGCUGCAUGGUUGCUGUUCUAUUCAUGGUUGGCAAAGGUCUUGAAUCUCCAAAUGUGAUUGAUUUGCUACUGGACACUACUAGGAUCGUAAGGAAACCCCAGUAUACUAUGGCUUCAGAGGUUCCGUUGGUUCUUCAGUGCUGUGAAUUUGAUGACAUUAAGUUUAUAUGUUCAUCAGAUGCUGGAGAUGCUUUGCGGUUACACUUGGUGAAUGAAUGCCAAAUUUACCAGCUUCAAGCUACAAUCUUUCACGAAGCUCUUCUUAACUGUUUGCCUCUAUCAAAUGAUCAAAGCUUGACGCCUUUUCAGGGAACCAAGAAGAAAGUUUCCCAUGUCCCUCUUAUGUCACGUCCUACUGAGCCAUCAUAUGAAGAACGCCGUGCCAAACUCAACGCAAUUGCAUGAAGAUUUAGUUGGUCAACUUUGUUAUAUAACGUGUUUGGUAACAACGUGCUUCCAUCAAAACCAUGAUUUGGAAUGCUGAAUUGAUUCUGUACAAUUUUAUCAAACAUAGCAAAAUGGACAAGGUAUAUUUACACAUGGUGAGUAAAUUUUACGUUUUUCUAGGCUCGGAUCUGGAUCGUCCAAAGUGAGUAAUUUACUUUUCUGUUUUGUUCUUAGAGAGUAGAGUAAAAAUUCUAAACUAUUAAUGAGAAAAUAAAUAGUUCAUAUUUCGUUUGAGUGCAUAACAAAUCAUGCAUAUCUGUGUCAACAGUUGAUUUCCUUAGUCUAUCUUUGCUCAUUUUACUGGGACCAAAUCUUCCAUACAGUCCUUCAACAUGGUUUAGAUUGUUAAGUGAUGAAUUCCUUUUUGCUUUAGGGUUUGGUUUUGUUGUGUGUGCUUAUUUUUGACGUGUUCAACCCCCUCCCAAUUGAGUUUGAAAUUGAAAAUGGCCUUGUAAAACGGGAAUAAAACCGUUUAUGCUCAAUUUAUAAUGGGUCAAAGAAAAGUGUUUAAUAUAGUGCCAUUUUUAAAAAUAAAAAAAAAAUCACUUUAAAGGUUUUUUUUAUUCUAUAUGUAAAUUUGUUAUUCUUAAUGAAGAUUUAUAUGUAUUGUUAGAACUUAGACUUGUGUACUGUAAUAUAUUUGUCAGCGAAAAACUAAAGAACUCAUGUACAAGGGUAAUGAAAACGUAAGUAGGUUUUAAUUAAUUUUAUUGUAUUUAAUGAUAUCUGUUCUAAAGUAAUUUUCAUUUAAUUGAUGCUCCAAUUUCUAAAUUGCAUGGAUUUCCUUCCUUUUGUUUUUCCAAUUCUACUAAAUGUGGUAGGAAUAUAUGAAUUUAUUUUAUUAAAGAGUAAAUAUCAAAUUUGGUCCAUGUAAAGCUGAGAAAAUUGUUAAUAGGUUUCUAAUUAAAAAUUUCAUGUAAAUAGUUUUUUAAAUAUUAUUUUUGUUCGUAUGUUGGUCAUUAUAAUGGAUGAAUGAUGUGUCAAAGAGGAAAGUUUUCUCUAAAGUGACAACAUAUUACAUCUAAUUUAGUUAUGUAAAAAAAAUAAGGGCUUUUAGAGUUAAUACCUGAUUGGGUGUAUGGAAAGAUUAAGGUAGUGACUAAGAGGUCUUUGAAUAGAAUUUGUAAUGUAAA